CCUAGGCUGGCAGAGAAUGCCAGCUCUCUUCGCAAGUGAGGCCCAGAGCCUGCGCAGCCCCCUUUAAGGAGUGCUCUGCCUUCCAGUCUUAAUUUUAGCUUGGAGGCCUGCCACAGGCAGCUUUUACAAGAGAGGCCGGCUGGAGUUAUGCGGGACAGCUGUCAGCCGGCAUGCUGGGUGGGGCCUAUUUAGCCAGGGAGGGGCACCGGUCUGGAGACCCUGAACUUGGUCUCUCUGCCCCAGGGCUGUCAGCAGUGCUGGCCACAAGGCUCGAAUCUCCUCCUGCGAUUGCCCCAGCCCCAUCAUGAUGACUGACGAGCACACGGAUCUGGAGGCACGGAUCAAGGACAUUCACUGCAAGGAGAUCGACCUGGUGAACCGCGACCCCAAGAAUAUUAACGAGGAUAUCGUGAAGGUAGAUUUUGAAGAUGUGAUUGCGGAGCCUGAGGGCACCUACAGCUUCGAUGGUGUAUGGAAAGUGAGCUACACCACCUUCACUGUCUCCAAGUACUGGUGCUACCGCCUGCUGUCCACACUGCUGGGUGUGCCACUGGCCCUGUUCUGGGGAUUCCUGUUUGCCUGCAUCUCCUUCUGCCACAUCUGGGCUGUGGUGCCCUGCAUCAAGAGCUACCUGAUUGAGAUCCAAUGCAUCAGUCACAUCUACUCACUGUGCAUCCGCACCUUCUGCAACCCGCUCUUUGCUGCACUGGGCCAGGUCUGCAGCAACAUCAAGGUGGUGCUGAGGAAGGAGGUCUAAACUCAGUCUGGGCCAUGGGGAUGACUGGGCAGGAGGAGUCAGGCCAGGCAAGCCCCAUGGGUCUGCUCCACAGAGGCUAUUAGAGAGCUCUCUUGAGGGACUCUCAAUGCCCUCCCCUGACUCCCACCCCCAACCCCUGCCCACCACCCCAAGAUAGGAGCAUAUAGUGUGGUGAAACAAGAAGGAAAAGGCAGCCCAUUGUGGAAGUGCAGGGGGCCCUUGCUCUGUCCAGCCCCACAAUGAUCCCCAGUGACCAGCCUGAGGGAGGAUGGUUUGCUAAGAGGCAGCUACUGCAAGUCUUUGCAAUCACGUGUACUGUAAUAGCAUAAACCAGCACCCGUCCCCUACAGGUUGUCAGGUCCCCUCAGGCCCAGGAGAGGAAGCAGUGACUGUGGACAUGAGGAGGGUGCUCCAAUAAAGGGUUUCGGCUGCCCCUGGGAA